UGUUACGUGGGUUCUUUGUCCUUAUUACUAGGAGUUUUUCAUUCAUUCAUCUUUUCUCCUCUGUUCCUCUUCAUGAACUAUAAAAGCGUUUCAAGUAUUCCCUAUUAUCACUUUCGACGACAAACACUUCAAAAUGCUCGUGCAGUUUUGAAUUUGUUUUCUGCAAAAGAUGAAGAAGCAGCUACGACAAAGAGGAGGAGGAGCUGUUCUUUAUGGAACAACAACAACAAGAUCCGAUCUGUUUGAAUCGUUACCUGAUGAGAUUGUUAUUGUAAUUCUGUGCAAACUCACUUCUACGGCAUCUUCUCCGGCUGAUUUCGUGGCUGUUCUUCUUACAUGUAAAAGGUUGAAGAAAUUAGGCGUGCAUCCUCUGGUUUUGUCGAACGCCGGAAGCGGAGCGGUUGCCGUCAGAGCUAAAAACUGGUCUGAUGAGGCUCACCGGUUUUUGAAAUUGUGCGUCAACGCCGGCAACAAAGAGGCGUAUUAUACUCUUGGAAUGAUCCGAUUUUAUUGUCUACAAAAUCGAGGAAGUGGAGCGUCGUUGAUGGCGAAAGCGGCGAUUAAGUCUCACGCGCCGGCACUAUACUCACUGGCUCUGAUUCAGUUCAACGGCAGUGGAGGCAAGAAAAACGAUAAGGACCUCCGAGCUGCAGUUGCUCUCUGUGCAAGAGCCGCUUAUCUCGGUCACGUCGACGCUCUUAGGGAGCUCGGACACUGCCUUCAAGACGGUUACGGUGUACGGAAAGACGUCGAAGAAGGACGCCGUCUCCUCGUCCAAGCCAACGCGUGUGAACUUGCGUCCGUCCUACGCGCAUUCAACACUACGCCGUCUCAUCGACCGGAUUUAAUAGAAUCAAAUGGAUCACCAUGCGGAUACGGUUCAAGCUUACUGGAGAAAAAACUCCACCCUGCGAACCGGUUUUUGAUUGAGUGGUUUGGGUUGAGAGGCGGCGGCGUUCCGGGUCCGGGUCUGAGAUUGUGCUCCGAUGGGUGGUGUGGUCGACCGGAGACCCGAAGGAAUGAGUUCAGAAGAUGUUCGGGUUGUGGGAUGGUGAACUACUGCUCACGUGGGUGUCAGGCGCAUGAUUGGAGGGUGCACCAUAAGCUAGAGUGCGCACCUAUGGAGGAAUGGAAUCAUGUUAUUGACGGCGUAGAUGAGGAAGAACAGGUAACUGAUGAUCGGACGGUUGAGAUCUACGAAAUAGAAAGCGAUGAACCUCUGGACUCUUCUCUAUGACUAUGACUACGAGAUUUUUCAUUCCUUUUUUAUUUUUUGUUUACUUCCUUUUGUAUUAAGAUGACUUUAAGAGGACACAUGAGUCUCGUGAAAGAAAGAAAAUUAAGUGUCAAGAUAAUGCAAAAUCAGUGUUUUUUAGGUAAA